AUGUCUUCUGCAGCAAUAACAGUUCUAGCUUUCCUUUUCAUCACUUUCACAUACUUUUUAUUCACAUUCUUCUCAAAUCCAAAACAGAAAAACAAUAACAACAAAAAGCCACCAGGUCCACCAACUCUACCAAUCAUCGGAAACCUUCACCUGUUAGGCAAACUUCCACAUCGAGCACUUGAAUCACUCUCUAAAAAAUAUGGUCCAAUCAUGUCCAUGCAACUUGGUCAAAUACCAGCUGUUGUCAUUUCAUCUUCAAAAGCAGCAGAACUAUUCCUCAAAACUCAUGACUUAGUUUUUGCAAGCCGACCAAAGACUCAAGCAUCUGAUAUCCUGUCUUACGGUACCAAAGGGUUCGUCUUUUCUGAAUACGGUCCUUAUUGGCGUAAUGUAAGAAAACUUGUCACUUUAAAACUUGUUAGUGCUUCCAAAAUUGAGAAGUUCGCUCCUAUUAGAAAACAAGAGUUCCGUGUCUUGGUUAAAUCUUUGGAGAAAGCUGCUUUGGUGGGUGAGGUUGUGAAUGUUAGUGAGGCUGUAGAAAAUUUUAUAGAGGAUAUUGUGUAUAAGAUGAUGUUGGGUGGGAGUAAGUAUGAGCAAUUUGACAUCAAGAGACUGGUUAAAGAAUCAGUGGUUUUGCUUGGAGCUUUUAAUAUAGCUGAUUUUGUUCCUUGGCUCGCUGCAUUCGAUCUUCAGGGAUUAAAACGAGCGUGCAAGAAAGCCAGUAGAGCAAUUGAUGAUGCACUAGAGGUGAUAAUAACAGACCAUGAAAAAGUUACUAAUGUUGACAAAAAUCGUCACGAAGAUUUCAUAGACAUACUUCUUUCAAUUGUAAACCAAACUAUUGAUCAGGAGAGUGAACCAAAAGAUGCCAUUGAUCGAUCUAAUAUUAAGGCUAUUUUACUCGACUUGUUAAUGGCAACCCUCGAUACAUCGUCUACUGCGAUUGAGUGGACUUUAAUUGAACUUAUCAGGCAUCCAAGAGUCAUGAAAAUCUUGCAAGAUGAAAUACAAAAUGAAGUGGGAAAUAAAAGAAUGGUUGAAGAAAAGGAUGUGAAAAAGUUUAAUUACUUAGAUAUGGUGAUUGAUGAAUCCUUAAGACUUCAUUCUGUUGGACCCUUACUAAUCCCUCGUGAAUCUAGAGAGAACGUAACAAUCGAGGGUUAUUUUAUAAAAGAAAAAACACGAGUCAUAGUAAAUGCAUGGGCAAUAGGAAGAGAUCCUAAUGUUUGGUCCAAUAAUGUUGAAGAAUUCUAUCCAGAGAGAUUCAUUGAUAAGAAAAUGAAUUAUCAAGGAAAAGAGUUUGAAUCAAUACCAUUUGGUUCUGGUCGGAGGGGUUGUGCUGGUAUUCAAAUGGGUUUAAUUACUGUUAAAUCCAUUAUAGCACAACUGGUGCAUUGUUUUAAUUGGGAACUUCCAGAUGAUAUAAGUCCUUCUGAUCUGAAUAUGGAGGAGACAUUUGGAAUCUCAGCACCAAGAGCUCAACAUUUGCACGCAAUACCGAGAUAUCGUUUGGUUGAUGUCGAGCUUGAAUAA